UGCUCUCUGGGCCAAUCAGAAACAUGCAAUCCUGGAACACGACGAAAACAUGGCGGCGUCGUGAGAGGAUAUUCAUGCCAUAACAAAGCCGGGUUUCUCACUAAAUAUAACAAACACGACUUGAAUGCGUUCAAAGUGAAUGAGUCAAACGCUGAAAAGAAGCCUCAAACAAUGUGUAUCUGUGAUAUGUAAGCAUGACAGACAGGAGGAGCGCCGCUAGUCGCUCUGCGUCAGAUACCACCAAGGAAAGCUGGAGCCGCGUCUCUAAACUUUCCCAGGACAAAUUCAAAGCAAAGAAAUACAGCAAAGGCCGAAAACAAGCCCAGUCUCCGUGUUUAGGCACCUCGUUUUAUUAUCGGAAAGACUUAGAAACCCCAAAACGCCAAUCGAGGAACAGAUUUAAUGGAUGCAGCACUGGAGAUUCACCAAGUGAGGCUGAAGCUCUGCAGGACAUCAUUUGGGAUCCUGCUUCACCACCUGCAGUGUGGAAUGGAAAAGGAGCAGGAGAAGGUGUCCGAGUCGUGGAGAUAUCUGAUAUUGUCAACAGGAUAGCACCAAAGGAUGAAAAGCCUGUGGACAGAGAUUUGGUGCUUCAGUGGAUUGGAGACAGUGCCAUUCCCUGCACUCCAGAGGUCCAGCAACCACGAGUUCGGAGGAUCUCAGCACGCCGUCAAAGCAACAACGUUGAGGAUCUCAUGAAACUUGCUAAGCAGUUUGACAUCAACAUGACCCGUCAGGAUGAAGAGAGGCAGCUGGAGAACAAAGGAAGAAACACAGAGGGACCAAACAAGUUAGACAAAUCUGUUGCCAGCCAUUCAGUGUUGGAUGGCAUUGAAACUUUAGCUGGAAAGCAGGUUCCUGUUCCAGCCAAGCCUGAAGGACUAAGCCAUGAAGAGGAGCUGCAUGCUCUUUUUGAUGGGCCCACCCAGUACCUGAGCGGUAGACUAAGUCCUCCGUCAGUGAACGGUUCACAGGAGAGCAGGACUGAAGCAGACUCCGCAGGUAGCAAGGACGUCCCUGAAGAUGCUGCUCAAGUACCAAAACCAUACUUUGAUGAUGACUGGGAGAAUGACGAUUUGCUCAAUGACUCCUUUGUGCUAGAGAUGACUCAGAACCCAGAUCUUUCGUGCUCAGGUCCAAAGAAGACAGGGUCUGUUACGUCCAGCAAAUGUAAACCAAUGAAUGUCGCCAGUCCAUCUGGAUCUGGCAGCAGAGCCAGCUGCUCUCCACUGCUACAAAGUAGUAGAAGCAAUCGCUACACUAGGAUCUUAUCGAAAGCUCCGUGUACCAACCCGAGCACUUUUAGACCACAACCAGUUGCUCCUGUUAAAACUGGAAUUUCUCAACAGCUGCCCACAACUAGCCCUGAUCUGGCCAAAACAGAGAGGUCUGAAAACAAUCAGGCACAGGCACAAAUAUCCCUCUGUAAGAGGCAGCCUGUAAGUGACUUUGGUAGAACAAAGAGGGAGAUUAAAGGCAUCGUGGGAGCCAAAAAUUCAGACAGUUUGACUGGUGCGUCAGGGCAGGACUUUAAGACGCUGGACUCUGUUUGGGGUGAUGGAGAUGAUGACGAUCUGCUGUAUCAAGCCUGUGAUGACGUGGAGCGAAUCUCAGCCAGUCAAGAGGAGCCAAAGCAGAACGACUGUGCCGAUCUCGAGUCCAACAAACCCACAAAAGCACCUUCAUCGAAAGACACUACUUGUUUUUCAAAUACCAGUGUUAACAAUAAUACUCGACCAGGCCAGCCCACGAGAGCCCAGCCAGGUCGCACGCAUUUUUGGCCGCUCACAUUCAAUACCGGGUGCUUCAAGCACAUUUGGAAAUAAACGAACUUGCAUGAAACUUCACAACCGAGUCGCAAUCCUCAGCUUAAUAGGCAGUACCGAUUUACACAGGUGAAGAAAGCCUCUGGAGUUGUGCUUCACCCCCAGUGGACUACGGGUGCAGUGCAGGAAGUCAGCACGCGUGACCAAUCUGCAGAAAGUUCCUCCCAUCAUUCCACAUUCAAGAGACAUCAGUCUGACCCUGUUGCUCUGGGCAACAAAGUGUUUGUUGCAGCCCAGCCUGUUGUGAAGUGCACUGCUGCUGAGAUUGAGAGAAAGAAGCAGGAAGCCAUAGCCAGGAGAAGAUCACGACUGCAAACUACCCAAAAGCCUGGAGCUCCUACAUAGACCACCACAGAGGAAUCCAGCUUCUCGGAAUGAGUGGUUUAGGCCCACUGAAAGUGUAGUAGACCAGUUUAGGUCAUUGAUUCUGUCUGACAGAGUUUUGCCUGAUAACAUAGAACACUUUCAAAUGCUUUUUUUAAAACUGCUUGACUGAACCUCUACACCCAUGGUAAUUUACGUUAAAACACUAAUUAGCCUAAUGAAACAAAUCACAUUACAAAAGUAUUUUUCUCUCUCCAGUCCAGACAUUUCUCAAGAAUAAUGAAACAGAAGUGCUAGUUGUGAGUCAAGUGGUUUUACAUCUGCCAUUGACUUGUGGAGGAAUGCAUAGUUGUAUGCAAAACUUUGGGCACCCCUGGUCAAAUGAGUGUAAAUAAGUGAACACAUCCUCUAUAGAAAAUACACUUCUGCACAUUUUC